AUGGCUGUGAUCGCGGAAGGGAAGAGAAGAGGAGGCCCGUUCCAUCCUCCCCCAGAAGCGAGCAAGGGAAGCGGGAAACGUGGAUCCGUGCUGUUACGUCACCCCCAGAGAGAGAGAGCGAGUAUAAAGAAGAAAAAAAAGCAACGAGUAGAACCUUCUCGGGCCUGGUCCGAUCUUUUCAUCCUCGUUGCUCUUCGAUAUCUUGUCAGCUGGAUGGCAAAAAGAAGCACUCUUUGCGAGUUCCACUGGGUUUCCGAGUUUGCGUGUCUGUAUCGAUCAGUUGGCCACCAACAAGCCAUCUGA